UUAACGGCUAACGUCCGCGGUCUGAACGGCGACGAGGACCAGAGCCAGGACACCGAGUGCAAGAUGAAGAGCGUCACCGUGUCGGCGCUGCCGUUUUUGAGGGAAAACGACCUGAGCAUCAUGCACAGUCCGUCGGCCUCGGAGCCCAAGCUGCUGUUCUCCGUGAGAAACGAUUUUCCCGGGGACGUCGUGGUGGUGGACGACCUGGAAAACACCGAGCUCCCCUUCUUCGUCUUAGAGAUCUCUGGGAACUCGGAGGACAUUCCUCUGGUGCGCUGGAGGCAGCAGUGGCUGGAGAAUGGCACUCUGCUGUUUCACAUCCACCAUCAGGACGGCAGCCUGAACCUGCCAGAGCCCACCGAAGACCCUGCCAACGAUUCUGCGAAGGAGGAGCUGCGCAUCCUCCACAUCUCUGUCAUGGGCGGGAUGAUCGCCCUUCUGCUGUCCAUCCUCUGCCUGGUCCUGAUCCUCUACACCCGCAGGCGCUGGUGUAAACGCCGCCGCAUCCCUCAGCCCCAGAAGAGCGCCAGCGCCGAGGCGGCUAAUGAGAUCCACUACAUCCCCUCAGUGCUGAUGGGAGGCCAGGCCCGGGAGAGCCUGAGGAACUCCCGGGGUCAGGGGCCGAACUCCAGCGGCACCCUCAGCAUCCGGGAGACCCCGAUUCUGGAUGGGUAUGAGUACGACAUUACUGACCUACGUCACCAUCUGCAGAGGGAAUGUAUGAACGGCGGCGAGGAGUUUGCCAGCCAAGUCACCCGUACCCUGGACUCCCUCCAGGGCUGUAAUGACAAGAAUAAUAUGGACCUCGCACCUGUGAGUGACAACACCAAGCUGGCCCUGAUGAACAAAUACAAGGACAACAUCAUCGCCACAAGUCCCAUCGACAGCAACCACCAGCAGAACACGCUGCUUCCGCACAACACGUCCACCAGCCAACGCAAACGCCUCUCCAGCAACACCCGCGCUCUGCAGCCUGCGAGAAGUCACGCGGGUUCAACUUUCUUGAACCCAGACGGGGACUCUGGGACGGAGGCAGACAGCGAGCCUCAGCUGGCCUUUUACACCGACCCAAACCGCAGUCGCCGCCGGAGUCGAGGUAUGAGAAACGGUAACGCCAACAGCGCGUGGGGCUCUGGGGCAGGUUCCCCACGGAGCCCCAUCAAUAAGACCACCCUGACUCUGAUCAGUGUCAUCAGCUGUGUGAUCGGCCUGGUUUACUCCUCUCACCUCUCCUGCAGCCUCUCGGUCCGGGUAAUCCUACAUGUGCCGGAGCACCUCAUCGCUGACGGAUCGAGGUUCAUUCUGCUGCAGGGGAGCCAGUUGGAUGCUUCGGACUGGCUGAACCCCGCCCAGAUCUUGUUGUACUACCAGCAGAACGCCAGUGGGCCCUGGGUCAAUGAGCUGUGCGGACGACGCCUCCUGGACCCCUGUGAGCACCAGUGUGACCAAGAAACAGGAGAAUGCCUUUGCCUAGACGGCUACAUGAAGGACCCAGUCCACAAGCACCUCUGCAUCCGCAGUGAGUGGGGGCCCAAUCAGGGUCCCUGGCCUUACACCAUCUUCCAACGCGGUUUUGAUCUUGUGAUGGGAGAACAACCCUCUGAUCGCAUUUUCAGGUUCACGUACACCUUAGGAGAGGGGAUGUGGUUGCCGUUGAGUAAAAGCUUUGUCAUCCCCCCAGCUGAGCUCGCCAUCAACCCCUCAGCCAAGUGCAAGACGGACAUGACGGUCAUGGAGGAUGCGGUGGACGUACGGGAGGAGCUGAUGAUCAGCUCAUCCUUCGACUCUUUGGAGGUUCUCCUGGACUCUUUCGGACCUGUCAGAGACUGCACCAAAGACAACGGAGGCUGCAGCCGCAACUUCCGCUGCAUAUCUGACCGGAAGCUGGACUCCAGCGGAUGUGUGUGCCCUCCAGGGUUGAGUCCUAUGAAGGAUGGGACCGGGUGCUACGACCACCACAUUGGCAUCGACUGCUCUGACGGUUUCAAUGGAGGAUGUGAGCAGCUGUGUCUCCAGCAGCUGGCCCCUCUAGAGGAUGACCCAACGCUCUACAACAUCCAGAUGUUUUGUGGGUGCAUCGAGGAUUAUAAGCGUGGUCCAGAUGGGAGGUCAUGCCUGCCGCUGUCUGAGGCCUGCACCGAGGGAAUUGACUGUGGGGAAGCAGCGGAUAUCCCCGCUAACCAGACUGUGUUCGGAGACCUUUUCUAUGGAUACAACAACCACACCAAAGAGAGCACCUCCGGACAGAUCCUCAAGGCCACAUUCAGGCAGAAGAACUUUGCCAGAGGCAUCGAGCAGCAGCUCCCAGAUGGCAUGGUGGUGGCAUCGGUGCCAACGGAGGUUCAGUGCCAUGAGGAGCUGUCGAACCCUGUGCCCGACCCAGAAUACCUCACAGGUAUGGUGAACUACAGCGAGGUGUCUGGCUACCCCCUUGUUCAGCACUGGAGUCUCCGCUCUGUGUUGUACCACGUCAAACUCAAUCAGUGGGUCCUCUCUCAAGCCUUCAGCUCGGCCAUCCAUUCUCUGGACGGGGCGACGCAGCGGAGUGACUUUGUGUCCAUCCUCAGGGAGUUCGGGAACCACUACGUGCAGGAGGCAGUGUACGGUUUCCAGGAGUCAUGUACCAUCUGGUACCCCAACAAGCAGGUCCAGAGACAGCUGUGGCUGGAGUACCAGGAUAUUAGCAAAGGAAACUCUCCUUCAGAGGAGUCAGAAGAGCGUGACAAGGAGCCCAGGACGCUUACCUAUCCUGCAUAUAUUGCCAGUCUGCUGGACACGGGUGCGAAACGUAUGGCGGCCGGUGUCCGUAUGGACUGUACCAGCCAGGGCCAGUGCCCACGCUCCUGCCACCUCUGCCACAUGAGCCCGAGGGCCGCACAAGGACGGCAGCAGUCUGAGCCUGUCCUGCUGCAGAUUACCAAGGCUGCACCCAUCUAUGAAUUAGUGUCCAACAAUGAGACAUACCAGGCUCUUCAGGAGGCCAUGAUGAGCAUGCUGUGGUGUUCGGGGAAGGGCGAUGUUAUCGAUGACUGGUGUCGGUGUGAUUCCAGUGCCUUUGGCACAGAUGGGCUGCCCACCUGUGCCCCACUUCCCCAACCAAUGCUGAAGCUGUCUUACACCUACGAGCCCAGCAGCUCAUUGGUCAUCAUGGAGUGGAACCACACUGAGCCACCAAUCGGUGUCCGGAUUGUCGAUUACCUCAUCAGCCAGGAGAAGGUGACAGAGAGGACUGACCACUCCAAAGUUGAGACAGAAACCCUCCUGAGCUUUGUGGAUGACAUCUUGUCGGGGGCCAGGUCUCCGUGUGUGAUGUUAGGGGACAUCCCCAACCUCCUGUCCUCUUCUGUCAGUAUGAUCAUUCGCUGCCUGGAGCCUGACACCACAUAUAUGUUCCGGCUAUGGGCAGUAGACAACACAGGGCGCCGUUCCAGUCCAAGUGAGGUCACCAUCAAAACUCCAUGUCCAACUGUGGAUGACGUCAAAGCACAAGAAAUAGCCGAUAAGAUCUAUAACCUGUUCAAUGGCUACACCAGCGGGAAGGAGCAGCAGACGGCCUACAACACCCUGAUGGACCUGGGCGCUCCCACGCUGCACCGCGUGCUCUACCACUACAACCAGCGCUACGAGAGCUUCGGAGAAUUCACCUGGAGGUGUGAGGAUGAGCUCGGACCCAGGAAGGCCAGCCUCAUCCUCUCCCAGCUAGAUGAACUCUCUCCGUGGUGCAAGGGCCUUCUCCAGGAGCCGAAGAUCGGCCUUCGCAGGAUGUCCCUCAAAUUCCUGUCCUGCCGUUACACUGACACCAAGGCUUUUGGGCUGAACUGGUCGGACAUGGGCCAGGACGUCCACAAGGCCUGCGACGAGCAGACGCUCACUGUCAUGUACAAUGACUAUGGUGAGCCCAAGGAGCUCUAAAGGUAUUCGGAGGUUUCAGCUUAGAUGUGCACAGGAAUAUGGGAGAUUCGUCAAACCCAACAAAGUAAAUAAAAGCAAAUAAAAUGCAGGUUUGUUCCAUUUGUUUCCAUAAUAUAUAUGCAAAGAUAUUUUAUUCAUGGUGUCAAAUGCUAAAUAUUCAUUGAAAUUCAAUUUAUUCUAUUAUGCUUUACCACAUUCAAAAAUCUAAUCAUAGCUUGCAGGUAGGAGAGAGUCUGAUGAUCAUGAAGUCCAUUCCUCCUCUGCAAUGAAAUUCAACACAAACUUGACACAUUCUGCAGAUGCUUCACAAUAAAAGCCUUCCUUGCUUAAUGCCUCAUCAACUCUAAUUGGGUCCUUCAUUGCUGUACAAGACAAAAUAAUGAUACAUAUUUUCCUUAUGCAUCAAAAUAGUUUGGACUGAAGCCGGAAGUCUGAGAAAAAGAAAUGAAGCUUUAACUGUGAAGCAGCUGCAUGAGAUGGGAUUGUUUACUUAGCGACCGAGGCUAACUGGUUAUCUCAUUCAUUUUAAAUUUAAGUUUUAUAUUCAGUUGUGCCAUUAAAUGCAAAUAUCUUAGUGGGAAUAAACAUGAGAACAUGCAUUUUAUUUCACUUUAUUUCUUUGUUGGAUCAAACAAUCUCCGUCUCAAAUCUUUGAUACUGAAAGAGCAUGCUUUUUUUUCUUCUUUUUUUUUACCCUUUAUUUUUAAUUGUGUAGUUUAGACCUGAAAGUCGUUUCAUUUGACUUCUUCAUAUUCAGUGAGAUAUUCAGAUCUGGGACAUGAAGGGUUACACAUCGGCUCCUUUGUGCCUGUUUAAAUCCAAACUCAGUCAUAUCUUCAGAAAUAAUAAAAACUUGUAAAAGGCAACUCUUGAUGUCAAAGAAGUGGUCGAACAAAUCUGUAGUGAUAGUGACUUUGUCGCCAUCCCACAUCCACCCGACAGCCUGGACACAGUGGGUUGCUUCUUCUCCUGAUCUGAAAUCAGUGCUUUGUUUCUUUGAAAUGUUACACGGAGAGAAACUGACCCAGGAGAGACCGGACGCUGAAAAGAUUCUCCACCUAGAACUCACCGUAGCUUUAGUUUCACCGGUACAUUCCACUGUUAAACGUGUUGGUGGUUCACGGCGUCUGGUGCUCGUUGUUUGCAUUUACUGUGAAACUGCAACACACUCAGCAGCUGGUGUGUGUGUGUGUGUGUGUGUGUGUGUGUGUGUGUGUGUGUGUGUGUGUGUGUGUGUGCUGCUUAACUGUGUGAGGACAAGCAGUUCUCAACUAUCACUAUCUCUCUUUUUUUUACAUAUUUUGAAUGAAUUCGGCCUCACGGACUCGCGCUGUGUCUCGAAUCACUUACUUCAGUCGGCACACUCAGAGAUAGCACACGGUGUCACAGUAAACUCGCAGGUGUCCUCCUUGAAGAUACGUUGGAGGUCAAGUCCAUUUUUUUUUUAUUUCUAUAGCACAAAAUCACAAGAGAAGUUAUCUCAAGGCGCUUUUCAAAUAGAGCAGUUGUAGACUGUAUUAUACACCAUGAGCGAGCGCUUGGCGACAGAGGCGAGGAAGAACUUCGAGCAGAGCCGGACUCAGGGCAGGCGGCCAUCUGCCCUCUCCGGUUAGGUCCCUCCACUUCUGCUACGUAACCAAGAUGGCGACCGUUGAGUGUGAGAGGAGAGAGGUGUCCAUCAGUUUGCCCGUUUUGAGUGCACCACCAUCGUGCACUCAAAACGGCGAGUGUGAGCUCAGAAGUACGUGAACUGAGACGCAGCUUCAUACUUGUUUUUUGUCACUUAGACGUGUUGAACCGUUAAUGCAGUGACAGAUACGUGAGGACUCGUCAUGUAGCGACGACGGAAACAAAGCCGGUAUUUCACAGUUCCUCCGUGUGUCUGUGAGAGAUAACAGAUAAUAACAGAGGACGGUCUUCUGGGAGUUAUUUUAGCAGGACAAACAUUCAAAAUGAACCUUGUACAUAACAUUAUCAUAACGUUUUAGCGAUAUAACCUGCUGAAUGUAGUAUUGAUAGUUUAGCAUUUGUAAAGGAAGCUGUUUAAAGGAGUUUUUACUAAACGACAGGCAUCACAGUGCGGUUCAUUAUCUCUACAUGUUCAGUGGCACCUGCCGAAAACAUUUGACAGUAUUUUCUUUUAUCAUUUUUUUUUUUUUUUACAGUUUUCACACCAGAACUAAUCCAACCAAUCAGCUCUGUUAAAAGUGAUAAUUCUGUAUUAAACCUGCGAAUUAACAGUGUCUUAAUGUUUUCCAGCUGCUUCUCUCUGUUUAAACUUCAUCCAAUAAAGUUAAGUCUUUAGAAAGAUCUUUCUGAUCACUUCCACUGAUACCGUGUUUAUUGUGACUAUAUUUUUUAUUCUCUUCAUGUGUCAUGUUAUUAUUCUAUGUUACUUUAUUACAGUGCGGUGGACAUAUUGGAGAUUGAUGUCAAAGAAAUCCAAAUGCAUAGUAGUUGUUGAUUUUUUUAACAAAUCUCAUAUGUGAAUACUAAAACGAAAGCUUGUAGAUUUUUGUAUAAGCAGCAGAGUAUUUCAUAAAAGCAUCACAUUCUAGCACAGCACUGGGUUUUAAUUCUGUAUAUAAAUGUACAACAGGUGAUAUUUUACAGCAUUUCUGUGUGCUUUAGUAGACGCAAUAUUGUCCUGUAAUAUCUGCUGUGUAGCUCGGUCUUUGUAAUCAGAUCAAUCCACUGAUUCCAGUUUGAAAGUAACAAGCAGAAGGUGUCGCUUUGAUCUGACUGUGAUUCAGUCACUGGUUUAAACUGGACUCAACGUUUGUCAUCAGCUGCGAGUGACUGGUUGAUUAAAAGACCACGAGAUCAUUUCAUCUAACACAAUGGCACAAUAACAAACAAUUACUGAGUGGAGAUGUAUAGGAAAACGAGAUGGAGAUCUACUAUCUGCAUGAUAUAAUUCUGUCUAUACUGUAUGUGGCAUCAUAAACUUUUUCACUUUGGUCUU